AGUGCUGGGGUUACAGACAUGAGCCACCUUGGCCAGCCCACAGGGGUAAAUUUCUUGUUGCAACAUAACAGGGGCCAUAUGUCAGUUUGUCACUUCAUUGGUGAUCUUAACUUUGUUCACUUAGCCAAAGUCAAGUUUGUCAGAUUUCUGCACUGUAAAGUUAUUUUGAAUUUUUUUUUUUUUAAACCCCAGGAACACAGAUUCAAGUUGCUCUCAAGAUACACUUCCUAAUCUUCUGGUUAAUUACGUUUUUUUAUGGAGAAAUACGUUUAUUAGUGGGCGUCCUAUUACAAAGGCAGGAUUCUGCUUUCCCUCAGACUGCAUCACUCAGGACUCUGCAUAUUCCCUGAUAUAGGAGGAAAAAUGACCACGCUGAAGGAGGCAGUGACCUUCAAGGAUGUGGCUGUGGUCUUCACCAAGGAGGAGCUGGGGCUGCUGGACCCUGCCCAGAGGAAGCUGUACCGAGAUGUGAUGCUGGAGAAUUUCAGGAACGUGCUCUCAGUGGGAGGCAAGAUCCAAACUGAGAUGGAAACUGUUCAAGAACAAGGAACACAUGAAGGAUUGUUCAGCCAUCAAACCUGGGAACAAAUUUCGAGUGACUUAACCAAGUUUCAAGACUCCAUGGUAAACAGCUCUCAGUUCCCCAAACAGGUUAAUGCCAGACUGUCUAUAAUUCACAAAGGACAGAAACCUUCUGAGGGUGGGCAGUGUAAGAAAUCCUUUAGUGAUGUCUCCAUCCUUGAUCUUCAUCAACAAUUGCAGCCAAGAGAGAAGUCUCAUACAUGUGAUGAAUGUGGAAAGAGUUUCUGUUAUAGCUCAGCUCUUCGUAUCCAUCAGAGAGUUCACAUGGGGGAGAAACUCUUUAAUUGUGAUGUGUGUGGUAAGGAAUUCAAUCAGAGCUCACAUCUGCAAAUUCAUCAGAGAAUCCACACUGGAGAGAAACCAUUCAGAUGUGAGCAGUGUGGGAAAGGCUUUAGUCGUAGAUCAGGACUUUAUGUUCAUCGUAAAUUACACACAGGAGAGAAACCUCAUGUUUGUGAGGAAUGUGGGAAGGCCUUCAUUCAUGAUUCCCAGCUUCAGGAACAUCAAAGAAUCCAUACUGGGGAGAAACCAUUCAAAUGUGAUAUAUGUUGUAAGAGCUUCCGUAGUAGAGCAAAUCUUAAUAGGCAUUCCAUGGUUCACAUGCAAGAGAAACCAUUCAGAUGUGAUACAUGUGGUAAGAGCUUUGGUUUGAAAUCAGCACUUAAUAGUCAUCGCAUGAUUCACACAGGAGAGAAACGGUACAAAUGUGAGGAAUGUGGAAAACGCUUCAUUUAUAGGCAAGAUCUUUAUAAGCAUCAGAUAGACCACACAGGGGAGAAGCCAUAUAAUUGUAAAGAGUGUGGAAAGAGCUUCAGAUGGGCCUCGGGUCUUUCAAGACAUGUGCGAGUCCACAGUGGAGAGACACCAUUCAAAUGUGAAGAAUGUGGGAAGGGAUUUUAUACAAAUUCACAGCGUUAUUCUCACCAGAGAGCCCACAGUGGAGAAAAGCCAUAUCGAUGUGAGGAGUGUGGGAAGGGCUACAAAAGGAGAUUGGAUCUUGACUUUCAUCAGAGGGUUCACAGAGGAGAGAAACCCUAUAAUUGUAAGGAAUGUGGGAAGAGCUUUGGCUGGGCCUCAUGUCUUUUGAAUCAUCAGAGAAUCCACAGUGGAGAAAAACCGUUCAAAUGUGAAGAAUGUGGGAAAAGAUUUACUCAGAAUUCACAACUUUAUACCCAUCGUAGAGUCCAUAGUGGGGAAAAACCAUUCAAAUGUGAAGAGUGUGGGAAAAGAUUUACUCAGAAUUCACAACUUUAUUCUCAUCGCAGAGUCCACACUGGAGUAAAGCCAUACAAAUGUGAGGAGUGUGGGAAGGGGUACAACAGUAAGUUUAAUCUUGACAUGCACCAGAGAGUCCACACGGGAGAGAGACCUUAUAAUUGUAAAGAAUGUGGGAAGAGCUUUAGCCGGGCCUCAAGUAUUUUGAAUCAUAAGAGACUCCACGAUGAUGAAAAGCCAUUCAAAUGUGAAGAGUGUGGGAAGAGAUUUACUGAGAAUUCACAGCUUCAUUCCCAUCAGAGUGUUCACACUGGGGAAAAACCAUACAAAUGUGAGAGGUGUGGAAAGAGCUUCAGAUGGGCCUCAACUCAUCUAACCCAUCAGAGACUCCACAGAAGAGAAAAACCACUUCAAUGUGAGGACUGUGGGAAGAGCAUUGUGCACAGUUCAUGCCUUAAAGACCAACAAAGAGACCAAAGUGGAGAGAAACCAUGUAAAUGUGAGGACUGUGGGAAGCGCUACAAGAGGCGUUUGAAUCUUGAUAUGCUUUUGUCAUUAUUUUUAAAUGACAUAUAAUUAUUUUACUUGUUUAUGAGGUACAGUAUGAUGGUUAAUACAAAUAUACAAGGUAUAAUGAUGAAAUUAAUGUAAUUAACAUACCUCAAACAUUGAUCAUUGUGAUGGGAACCCUUAAAAUUCACUAUUCUAGCUAUUUGAAAAUAAUAAGUUGUUAAUUACAGUCACCCCACAGUGGUGUAAAAUACUAGAACUUACCUCCUACCUGCCUGUAUUUCUACAUUGAUUAACCAACCUUUGGCUACCAUCCUCCCUCGUCACUUCUAAGAACUACUAUUCUACUCUCUACUUCCAUGAAAUUAACUUUUUGAGCUUCCACAUAUGCAUGAGAACAUGUGGUAUUUACCUUUCUGUGCCUGGCAUAUAUCACUUAAUAUAUUCCCUGUAAGGCUCAUUGACUUUGUUGUGACAGAAUUUUGUCGUUUUUCAUGGCUAAGUAGUACUCUGAUGUGUAUAUUUGCCACAUUUUCUUUAUUCAUUCAUCCAGCAGACACUUAGGUUGAUUACGUAUCUUGGCCUAUUUCUUGGCUAUCGUGAGUAGUGCUACAAAAAACACGGGAGGUAGAGCUAACUCUUUAACAUACUGAUUUCCUUUUCUUUGGAUAU